ACCGGUGUGGUUCUGAUGAAGAAAAACCAUCAGCGAUGAUGCUACGGGAUAGGUCUCACAUGAGGGUCCUUGAUACAAAAGGCAGCUCUCCGCUUCUGUAGCUGAUGGGUGAUGACAACAGCUUGGUAAAAGGAGCUACCAAGAGCUGGCAGGAUGAGUUACAGCUCACCCUCUGUGCAUGACUUGUAUCACAGCACCACCACCACGGCCAAGCCAGACCCAGGAACAACUCUGGAUGUGACUGUACCAGAAACAGCUACCAUAAGCCCUGAGACUACCAGUUUCAACAGCACCAAAAUCCCAGAUGUGGCCAGCACUGGACCUGGCAUGAGCACAAUGCUGCUGUCCUUUGGGAUCAUUACUGUGAUUGGGUUGGCUGUAGCUAUGGUUCUGUAUAUCAGGAAGAGGAAGAGGUUGGAGAAGCUACGGCACCAGCUCAUGCCCAUGUACAACUUUGAUCCCACCGAGGAACAGGAUGAACUGGAGCAGGAGCUGCUGGAACAUGGGCGAGAUGCAGCAUCUUCCCAGGCAUCGCAGAGCAAGAAGCGCACACCUUCCCCAACAGUAAAACUCCCCUCUCCAUCCCCGGUGCUAAGUGCGCAGACACAGAGCGGUUUGUGCUGCAGUAUCGUGUGCUGCACUGCUGUCUCCCACUGACCGCAGCAUCUGCUUAUCCUGUCACAUCUGGUUCUGCCUCACUGCGACAGGAGGGAAACAUAUUCCUCAUGUCACUGCCCUCGGUCCCACUCAAACUGAAAGGAAGAAGAAAGUACCCACAUCGGCUGCGGUUUUGAGUGAUGCUUAAGACUACUACAAAAAGGCGGUGACUGGGCCGGAGGUGAGCUCAUCAUCCGAGAGCCUGUGGCUCUGCUGAUGUCAUCACACAACUCGGUGGCAGGAAGUGAUACGGGAGCAGGAGCCCGAGAGGAAACUGAAUCAAGCAACUGAGGUUAACUACUCUGGCGUUUUAUCAUGUGGCAUUUCCAGGGACUUUCUAAGAACCUGAGGUUGGGUUUGGCUGCCCAGCGUCAGUUAGCCUGCUUCGCACGCCACGCUCAGCAGCGCUAACGGCAGUGGGAUGAGGGAGCAGCUGUGCUGACCACAUGGCAAAACAAGGCAACAUCUGCCUCUCCUGGGUUGCUGGCCCCUUCCCCCUCCCACUCAAGAGAAAAUAUUUAAUGAAUAGCUUCCUACGAUGCUCACUGAAGGUAGGACUCAGCUGCAUGCAAGUUUUCCUGGCACCUCAGAAAUGGCCCUGAACGGUAUAGGCUGGACUUGGAUUUGCACUUUCCCGGGGUUGUAGUGAGGCUGGGGCUCUGGGUGGCACAUCUGUAAGUUCCUACGACAGUGCUAACGGUUAUCUGGCAUCUCACCUCAGAAAAGCUUAGAUAACUUUGCAGCAGAAACUUGCCAGUGUCGUCAUUCUCUGUGCUGCUGAUGCACUAGCAUCUCUGCUAGUGUGCCAGCCACUAACGGAGAGAGCACUGUCUUAGAGUACAAGCCAGGAAGGAGAGAGCAAGACUAUCAUGGAGGCAUGCUGGAGUUAAUCCAGAAUACUGGGAUGUCCCAAAUGUCAAGGGAUCUUCAACUCAUGAAUGUCUUGUCUUAAAAAAAAAUGAUAGACUAUUUUCAUUUUCUACAUAACACAGCCAGACAAUUUCACUGAGCCAUACCUAUAACAGUGACCAGAACCUCAGAUACAUGACCUCUUGGAAAGGCAAAGAUAUAGAUUCUCUUCCCAUCCCUCUUUUCUGCCUCCACUUCUGCUGAAGUGGUCACAACUGAAUUAGAUGGAAGGAAUGUGCUACCCCUCCUGUUGUAACGUGCCUGGAAGGCUUCCAAAUUCUCCUCUGUAGGAUUUACCAGAAUGAUUACAGCUAGUGCUAGAGCUUUGGGGGUAGAUGCAUGGUUUGCCAGGAGCAUGGCUGCACAGUUUUGUCUUGUGUAAUUAUGAUUAUCUAAUUUCAAACCUUGUGUGGCUGGCGCUGAGUUCAAAUUCAAGUCACUGCUUCCCUGAGGAUUUCCUUCCUGAGACACUCCUUCUUGGACCACUAGUUGAGGCUACGAAGAAAAACACCAAAAACAAACAAAACCCCCCCACAUAAAAUUAGGUAUCAAGAGACAAAAUUGCAAAUACACAAAGCAGAUGGAAAGCAAAAAGCCUUUGAUCAGUGUUAUUUAAAUAAGACUGUGCAGCCCUGAAAGCAUGCCCAUUUGCCACCACUUCCUAUAUCCAACCAUAAGCAAGAGCAAGCACCAGUGCAUGUAGUGUCCACACACAUUCACAAGCGUCUCUGAACGGUUGACAGAAUCCAUAAUAAGCCACCGUAUUACUGGUCUUAUGAGACACAUGGCCCCACACUUUGAAGAUAUCUCCCCAUUAUGCAGCUGUGGAGAAAUUUUUUCAUCCUUGAGAACACUUUCUAUAUUUCAGGAUAUUUUCCUGUCCUGAACAACUAAACAGUUUGUCCAUCGAAAAUUAAAAACCAAAUGGCUGUU